UGAUUUUCCAAUCUCAUACAUUCUAUAAAAAAAUUCCUAAACUUGGUUCAGAUAAGUUCAACCUACUUAAAUAUAUUCAAGAAAAAAACGUUAGAAAACUUGCAAAAAAAAGUGACACAG